UUCACCGACAGAGUGUUAAAAGUAACGCUGUGACCAGUUGACCUAUGACCGUUUUUACAUUGCGACCCGCGCCAAAAAAAGUUCUGACAUUCGAUUGGUCAAAACGCAAAAUCGGAAACGAAAGAAAACAACAUAAAUAUAUUACGGCGCCUGUAUAGACCAGUUGACGAGUGACAUCACGCGCACCUGCAAAGUUUAGACUCCGCCCACUGGUUAGCAAAAAGAAGUGGAAUUCAUAGAAGCGCAUAUAGAUAAGAAGUUUGCAGACAACUGAUACAAACGAUGGCAACAGAUAUUGCAGAUCUGAAUGAUGAAGAAUUGAGGGAAAAGUUAAUUGAGUAUGGAGUAAAUGUUGGACCCAUUACAUCAACCACUAGACUGUUCUAUGAGAAAAAGUUGGGGAAGCUGAUAGACUCUGGUGGUAAUCCCACAACUCAGCCAGAAACAGAGGAGUCAGAAGAGGAGGAGGAGGAGGAAGAUGAAGAAGUACAGUUUAAUUACAGCAAGAGCAAGCCUCCAGUUCAGCCAAAGCCACAGUACACAAGUACUCCCUUAGUGGAAACUCCGAAUCCAUACAAGCCUGUGGAAACUUCUAAACCAUACAAGCCUGUGGUUCAGCCCAGAACAGCCACCCCCACCAUGCCAGCCAGAAGAAACGUCCCAAGUGGCACAGAGGAAACAGUGUAUAAGAAAACAGAGGUUCCAAGAAAUACUGCACAGAAAUCUGGUGGCGGUGGUGGAAUUGGCAUGUGGCUUAAGUUGUUUUUCUUGUUGAGUGUUGCUUUUCUUGUUUACCUUGUCGUUAUAAACAUGAACCCAACAGCGGAAAAUAAAAUCCCUCUAACCUUUGAUGGUGACAAUUGAGUAAAUUAUGAUGUGCUGUAUCUGUUCAUUGCAUAAUUGUGAAACAAGGAUGCUUGGAUUUUUUUGUGGUAUCGGUUAUUUAUAUCAUUAUGUCCCCUUUCGGAGAAGUGGGGAUUUAAAGCUUUGCGCCUCUUGGUAUUUUGGUCAUCAGAUGAUCUGCACAUAGACCAUUUCAUAUCAUCUAGCGAAUGCUUUGACCUAAGAUCAUGCACUUUGGUACAAUGGUUACUUUAGAAGAAAGUACCAGUAAGACCCCUAUUGAUUUUGAGGUCAAAGGUUAAGGUCACACGGGAUUGUAACAUUUAACCAUUUUUGUUGUAUUCUUAAAAAAUGUGUUCAUACCUUGGACCAGUUACUCAAAGUAUUCUUAAAAAUAAAAGCCUUUUAUCUACUAUUUCAUGCAUCAAAUUUAUUGUCGUUUAAUAAAUGUUACAUUUUGUUUCUAUGGGAUAGCUCGAGAUUGCUCUAUUCUAUGAUCAUCCAUAGUAUAGUGCUGUUUAUUCAGGAGGAAACAAAUAGGCCUAUUUAUUUGAUGGUGAACAAUUUAAAGGUCAAGGUUGCAGAUGCUUGUAACAAUAAUUACAUUUUAAUGCAAUAUCUAGUAACGACUUAACUAAACUAAGAUCAUAUAAAUGAGGAUGCUAAUUAUUCUAUGCUGAAUUAAGACCCCAAUAAUGUGAAAUAAAGAAAUCAUAGGUCAAAUUCACAGAGACAUGCACUAUGAAAAACUCAAUAGACAAUUCACAUGGCAACACCUUGGCUGCAAAAAGAAGGGUGAACAUGCUUUUCUCAAACAUCUUUUUGUUUGUCUGAAUUAAUUAUAUCAUUUCUCACAGACAAAUGCUUUUGUUGCUAAAACUAAAAUGAGAAAAAAAUAAUCUAUUUGUAUCCAUGCUGAUACUGAAUGUUAAAUAUUUGUCAUAUAAACCAAUUUCCUGGUAAGAAUUGUUAGAAUGAUUGUCCAGCAGGAUGUUAUUUGAUCAGACCUUGUUUUGUGUUAUUCAUGUUUGUGUAGCAAAAUUUAUAUUUAUAUGUAUCUAUUAAAAAUGUAUAACUCCCUUGGUCCAGUUACGCUUAGUAUUGUUCAAAAUAAUUGUUUAUUAUUUUAUUAAUGAAAUGUAAGGUCUAAAAGUUAAUGUUACAAAACAAAGGAUAAUUACAUGUACAUGCAUUUUAUAAUUAAAAUCAAAUGUAAAAUGUGAAUAUUUUUUCUAAGGUCAUCUUAUUGCAAAAUGAAAGAAGAAUACGUAGGCAUUUCUUAGAAAUCUUGUUUUCUGUAGAUAUAUUAAAUGAAUAAAUCUAAAAUUAUCUGAUAGAUGACAAUAUUACAUGACAAUACAACUGUUUAAGCAGAGGCAUAUGAAAUACUUAAAAUUAUGUGCUGGAAAUUUGUAUUCACAAAUAACCAAAUUUGCUAUGGGCCAGUGAAAAUGUCUUGCGCUGCAUUCAAAACUCAUUUUAAACCAAUGAAUGAAAGUCAAAUGUAAACAAAAAUGUUACCAACAUAAUCAUAAAAAAUACACACUGUGUUUUCGUUCGAAAUUAAUGUUUCAUAAAUUGAAAUCUUGUCAGGCAUGUAGACUACUUGUAUUAAUUAAUUAAUUGUAUAGUGUGUUGCUACAGUUUUGUUUGUUAUGAACUUUAAAUAUUGUUAUGUAUAAUUUCAGUGCUGCAAUCACUAUUUGCUUUGUAAAUAAAUAAAUUUUGUCUUCAUAAAAACAGUCACUUUUUCAUAUGUAUUUCAUGUGUAUUUUUCAAGACAUAGCUUGUAUUGAUCAAAAUAUAUAGAGACCUGAAUAAGGAUUAAACACAUAAUAUCAACAUGCUAUAGGUUUAAAAAAUCUUUUUUAAAGCUGCCAGUGCUCAAAGUUAGCUAUUGUGAUUAACCUAUGCCCAGUGCCGGUUUUCGUUUGGUAUAUGUCGUAUGUUGGCAACUUUAAGCUUUUACCACUAUAAAGGCCAAAUUGCUCUUCCUGGUUAGAAUGUCUAUGUCAACAAUUGCAAGGACAAGUUUAAAUCUGGGUUACGGCCGUCCAAAACUUUGUCUCAGGGUUGAAGUUUAAAAACCAUGUUACCACUCUUGAGCCCACAUUCAUGACUCCGUCUUGAUGAAAAUUUGUCAGAAUGUUUAAGCAAUAUCUAAGCUGAGUUUGAAACUGGAUCACAUGCCUCAUAUAAGAUAGGUCCUCAAGUCGAAUCUUGGAAAAUAAUUUUUCUCUAUGAUUAAAUCUAUAGUACUUAACUCAAGUUAUGACACGUGUGAGACAACUCUUAUUUAUAUUGAUUAUAGUAUUACCACAGUUUCUUUCUACCAUUUGACUGCAGUUUUAUUCAGUUUAUUUGUGUGUUAUUGUCUUUUAAGGUCCGAGUAAUUGUAUUCCCUCUUUUGAAGGGGCAUGCGGCAGUCGCACUGUCCGUUUGUAGUCUUCGCCGUAAAUUUGCCAUAUACAGCAAAUAAUUUGGCAGAAAUGCAAUCCAUCACAACAUAACACGACAUGUUGGGUUUAAAACUUGUCUGGUUACAUCAAAGGUGAAGGUCACACUUUAAAGACCAAAUUGUGUCAUAGAACUGCGUAUUUAGACAGUAAUUUGUCAUUCAUGAUGCUAGGGACAAAUAUUUAAUCACUCAUGACGACCAUUAAGACACCGCAUUUGUUGUGUAAAACCUGUCCCCGACCUCGGAGCUCUGGAUCACACAGAGAUUUAAAAUUGUAUAUGGCUAUAAAACAGCUUUUCCGGGCUGUAACGUUGGCAUUCUUCGUUCAAUAGUAAGGCAACUUACCAUAAAUUACAACCGUGAAGAAAUCGAGUGUAUCAUGUAUCACCUGUCUCAUUACCUCAACGGUCACACUUAGGGGUAAGAAGAAGUAAAACAUAAAAGAGCUUUUGUUUGAAAUAAGGAAGUAUCGAUACAAAAGUGGAAGUUGGGCACCCAUGCCCUAUGGACAAAUGUCUUGAUCAUUAAGGUCUAUCCUAUUGUUAUUUUCCUAAGUUCGUACCUUCUAAAAGGUCAAGUCUUUAACGAAUGGCUCCGUGACCUCUUGUGAGCGCUAACGGCCCUCUUGUCAUGAAUAAAGUAUCGUGGCAAACUCCGCAGUUAAUUCAAGCAGUGACAAAUGCGUUAUUAACAGUUAAAUGCGACGAUUGUUUGCUUGUGUGGUAAUACACAAUAUCCCAUCAAAUGAUAUUUGCCUUUCAGACCUCAUUUGGGGAACUGUAAAAAUAAAAGUGGAAUUUCA